ACAAUAAUUGUUCUUCCCAGUCAUUACCAUCUGUCGGAACGAAAGCAAUAUUAUCCUAUAAGAUUUAAGAAUGAACUGAAACUUUAACUUGAUGAAGACUGUUUACGUCAACACUUGUAUAUACUGUCAUCAUAAUAUUUAAAUGAGCUUUUUUUUAGUAAAUCGUGUGGUAGAUCGUAAAGACGGAGGUAGAAACACAGAAGAACGAACGAUAGUAAUUACAGCGCAUUCACGUCAUAGGGAUCCUAUAGGAUCCCUAACACCUUAGUAAUUACAGCGCACUCUGGACUAAAACUUUAUUUGGUGGACACUUUUUAUUUAGAGCGUUUGUUCUUCUGUGUUUGUAUCUCCGUCAUGAUGGAAUUCUACCGAUUAUGUGAAGACGCAGCUGCAUUUGAUAUUGUAUCAACAAAUAACAAAAAAUUUUCUGAACCAGAUAAUAAAAAAAUCAUUUUUCUUGAACAAUUUGUUGACCGUGUACGUAGCUUCAGUUCUCAGUAUGGGCAUGAUUCCAGUAUUUCCUACACAGCAUACAAUCUUACUGGAUCCCCCAGUAAAUUUCCUGAUUAUGGAGAUUUUCCACAAGCCUUUGUUAUGAGAACAUAUGGACCAUGGUGGAAUAAAGCACCUUCAAGGUUAGAGGAUUACAUGAUACAAAAUAAUGGCAGUGUAAUUAGCCAAGAUUACAUUGAUCUUCAGUAUAGACAAGAUGUAUAUCCUAUUCGAAUAUCAAUAUAUGAAACCUAUAAUCCUGGCAGCGUGAUUGGUAUAUGGGUACAAGAACCUUACAAAAAACAAUGGUUUCAAUUAUGGAGUGGACCCCCACAAUUUGUACCUGAGAGAGCACGCAUAUUUUCACCACCUUUAAAAACAUGUCAUUUUAAAACAAGAAGGGUUAGAAUAGAAUUUAAUCAUGAUUUAUUAGAUUACUAUACGGAAUUGGAUGCUGUAUUGCUCAUUGGAACAUCUGAAUUGAUAGUGCCUCGCGAUCAUAUUACCUACCAUCAAAAUUUAAGUAAUUUGUUACAAGAAUUAGGCGGUAAUAAAUAUAAUAAUGAAGAUAUAUAUAACUUAACUCCUAAUAUAAAAACAGCAAAUCAAGAUUUGUCUAUCAUUAAAAAAAUGUUUUAUAAAUACUGCAUUCUUUAUAACAGCCAAAUAAUGAAUAAUAUAUCUAAUGGAAACUUAGUUACUACAUUAGGACAGCACUGCCAUUCUGUACCACCCCUCGAAGAAGCAUUUAAAAAUUUCCAAGAAUUUUUGCAAAAAGAAUUUCCUAAAUUUAAACGAGAUCUUUCUUCAUCCUCUUCAAUAUGUAGGAUAUCUUCACCAAAUGACAAGGACGUAUUCUCAAUUUUAAACAACGAUGAUAAUCGAUCGUGCGGCAGUUUUUCUGCACUUCCGGAUGAAACGAUUUUUAAAAUUUUUAAAUAUUUAGAUUUAAAGACACUCUGUCGUUUAUGCAGAGUAAACCGACACUUAAGUAAUAUAGCAAAAGAUGCUCUUUUAUAUACAAGUCUGAAUUUAAAGCCAUAUUGGGACUGCUUGGAUAAUAAUGCAUUAAAUUAUUUGAUACCAAGAUGUCAAUAUUUACAACGUUUAGAUUUAUCAUGGUGUGGUAAUUACAAUAUGAUUAAUAGCAAAGAUUUUGUCAAUUUUAUUCGUUCUUGUGGUAAGCUUUUAACACAUCUACGUUUAAAUUGCUGUAGCUAUAUGAAUGAUAAUGCAAUGCUUGUAGUUACAAGAGUUUGUACAAAUUUAAAAGAAUUAUGUUUACGUAAUUGUUUCCGUAUUACAAAUUAUGGAUUUUCAAAGAUAGAGAGACUACGGUGCCUUGAACGCCUAGAACUAAAUGGAGACAUUACGGAAACUUGUAUUUUGUGUUCAAUUUUAAGGAAAAAUCCUCAAAUGAAACAUUUAAAUUUAGCAGGAAUACGUGAACGUUUAAAUAUGGAUGAAAUAGCUAUUGAGUUAGGAAACUCUUGUCCAAAAUUAGAAAGUGUAGACUUUUGGAAAACACAAACUCUUACGCCAAAUGGUGUAAGAGCUCUUGCUCGAUGUGUUAAUCUUCGAGAAGUAGAUUUUGGUUGGUGUAAUGGAAUGGGCGCUCCAGGUGAUUCAUUAAGGGAAUUAUUGUCUUCUUGUCGUUAUUUAGAAAAAGUAUUUUUGACAGCAUUAAGAGGAUUAACGGAUAGAGAUUUAGAACCAUUGUUACUUUGUCAACGUUUGCAGCAAUUAGAUUUGUUAGGGGCACGUUCUCUUACUCCUGAAAUGUGCUAUGGAUUUUUAUUAUGGUGUCCUAAAUUGGAAAUGAUCGAUCUCAGUUUUUGCGAAGGUAUCAGUGAUUCGCAAAUUCAAGAAUGGCAACGGAAGUAUCCACAUAUAUCAUUUAAAAGAAACAUUUUCACGCUAAGGAACUGAUUUACUAUAAAGUAUUUUUAUACGCUCUAAGUCUUAUUUCUUAUUGGUUAUGAACCAAUUCAUAAAGUUAGAUAUUUCUGAGUAUAUAUAAGACUGGAAUUCAUUAAAAAAAUAACAUUAUAACUAUUAUGUAAAUAAAUUGAUUCUUUAUAGAGGAA